CAAUGCCUAUGACCGUUAUUAGUACAGUGUAUCGACAAAUAAAAAGAAACUCUCCAUGACAAAUAUACCUCAAAUAGAUUAUAUGCUGACACCGUCACAACCGCUGAUGCUUAAUUUAUCAGGACCCGCCUGUUAAAGGAGUUCCAGGAGCCAACCACCGUUCACAUGAAAACAGCUACAUUAGCUGACUGGAAGCAAUGACGGGCGUGGAAAGUUAUCGCUUCUCCCAGCACUUGGCCAAUGUCUACUUCACUAUAUUCUCCCUCUUCUGCUUCAAGUUAUUCGUGAAAAUCAGCCUAGCCAUCCUGACCCACUUCUACAUCGUCAAGGGGAACCGCAAAGAGGCAGCCCGGAUAGCCGCAGAGUUUUACGGAGCCACUGAAGGACAAGGUUCUUGGGCUGACCGUUCACCUUUGCAUGAGGCAGCCAGUCAAGGUCGCCUUCUGUCCCUCAAAACCUUGCUUGCACAGGGUCACAGUGCCAAUACACUGACAAUAGACCAUGUUUCUCCACUUCAUGAUGCAUGCCUGGGGAACCAUGUAGCAUGUGCCAAAGCCUUAAUAGAAGCUGGUGGCAAUGUCAAUGCCACCACUAUCGAUGGGGUGACACCACUGUUCAAUGCAUGUUCCAGUGGAAGUGCAAAUUGUGCCGAGCUUGUGUUGCAGAAUGGUGCUAAACUACAUGGCCAGGACUGUUGGGCUUCAGCCAUUCAUGAGGCAUCAAGUAAAGGUCACAGUGAAUGCAUACAAGUCUUGAUCUCUUGGGGAGCCGACAUAGAUCUAGACAUCUCUCACCAAGGAACGCCUCUGUAUGUAGCCUGUGUACAUCAGCAGUACUUCUGUAUCAAAAAACUGCUCCAUGCAGGAGCCAAUGUUCAGAAAGGCAAACAUCUGGAGACACCCUUACACGCUGCUGCUCGGCAGUCUAACCCAGAUAUUGUCAUGUUGCUGCUUGACUUUGGAGCGGAGGUCCGUGCCAGAAAUGCUGAAGGCGAGCGGCCCAUCGACGUUGCUGUCACCAGUAGUUCAGUGGACAGGUUGCUGCUGCAUUAUGAAGCAACACCGAGCUCCCUCUGCCAGCUGUGUCGCCUGUGUGUCAGAAACUGCCUUGGAAGACCGCGCCUACAGUACAUUCCUCAGCUGCAGCUGCCCAAGCUACUGAAGGACUUUUUACAGCAUCAGUAAACUGCUUCCCCUUUGCAAUGGCAGUCUGCCUGGGAAGCUGAUUUAAGAUUUCAGCUCUGCUCCUUUCUGUAUAUAGACUUGUUUAAAAACCUGUUGAAACGUUGUUAGCAAAUCACCGUAACCCCUCCCUCCCACCCUUCGUUGUCUUGUCUUCAUAAUAUGAAUGAAAGAAAUGGUGGAGUAGGAAUCUGUCUCAAAUGCGUGGAACAGGUGAGGUAGCUUAUGCAAAUUAUAUUCCCCCUACAUAACAAAUUCUGCUGAUGUCACUACUACUGAAACUUGAAAAUGAAGUACCAGCUGUAAUGCUGCAUGUAUGCCACAAGUGAUUUAAGGCAAAUUUCUCACCUAUGCAACACAGUAUCUUAAAACAAAUACUUGAAAAUUAAGUCUAUGAGUGGGCUUAAUGAAUCUGCCAAUUAGUGCCCCAAUUGCUGUUCCAGAUGUUGGUGCCUAACUUAGCUAAAUCUGGAGAUGCCCUGGCCUUAUUUCACUUUAUUUAUUUAGAGAUACAGUGUGGAACAGGCCCUCCUGGUCCAAUAAGCUGUGCUGCCCAGCAACCCACAUAUUUAAUACCAGCCUAAUCACAGGACAAUUCACAAAGACUAAUUAACCUACUAACCAGUCCAUCUUUGGACUGUGGGAGGAAACUAGAGCACCUGGAGGAAACCCACAUGGGAAGAACAUGCAAACUCCUUCCAGACAACGCUGGAAUUGAACUCCGAACACUAGAGUGUCUCAAGCUGUAACAGCAGUGUGCUAACUGCUGUGCUACUGUGGCUUCAUGGCUCUAAUACUGACUAUUAAUGUGGACACAAUAGGGUCCCUCUGGGUCCAUAGCUAUACUUUGUGCUGUUUCCUCCCUUUCUUUCAUCUCCAACUGGGAUCCUCAAGGAAAGGAUGGAGAGGAGAGGAUCCUCAAGGGAUAUCCCAGUUGGGAAGGCACAACAAAGAGGAAUCUGAGGGAAAAUUUCUUCAGUUAGAGCGUGAGGUGAGUGUGGAACAAGCUGCCAGUGGAAGUGGUGGAAUCAAAUUGAAAUGAAAAAUUUAUGAGAAGUUUGAAUGGGAGAUAAUUGGAGGGCUAUGGUCUGAGUGCAGGUCGAUGGGACUAGGUAGAACAUCAGGUUGGCAUGGACUUGGUGGGCUGAAGGGCCUGAUUCUGUGUUAUAGUACUCUAUGACUGAGAUGGAAUACCAGAUUACCUGCUUUGUGGUGGUUGAUGACAUGUAGCCAUUUUAUUGUCCAGUGUAGUUGUAACACUCAAUUUCUUUAUUCUUCAGUUUCCUAACUUCCUUUACAGUUGUUGGCGCGUGGCCAAGUGGUUAAGGCGUUGGUCUACUGAUCUGAAGGUCGCUAGUUCAAGCCUCAGCUGAGGCAGUGUGUUGUGUCCUUGAGCAAGGCACUUAACCACACAUUGCUCUAUGAUGACACCGGUGCCAAGCUGUAUCGGCCCUAGUGCCCUUCCCGUGGACAACAGUGGUGGCGUGGAGAGGAGAGACUUGUAGCAUGGGCAACUGCCAGUCUUCCAUACAUCCUUGCCCAGGCCUGCACCCUGGAAACCUUCCAAGGUGCAAAUCUAUGGUCUCACGAGACUAACGGAUGCCUAUUUACAGUCCUGACCUUCUCCAUCUCUCCACAAAGGAGAGCACACAGAGGCUGUAUCAUUCCCAAUGCUAACAUAUUAGGCUGAAGAGGUGAGUGAACUCAAGUGGUUAGCUUAGAAACUUUAAGUGUUGAAGGACAGUGUUGGUUUAACACAACCCAUUGAAGGUGGUGGAGAGUAAAUAUAAGUUGGUUGUAAAAUUGUUGGUCCUGUAGGCAACCUACCAACAAUCUACUUGUCCAACAUUAUCUUCAACCCAUAAACACCUAAUUUUGAUCACUUCAUAAUGUCAUAGAGUAUUAGAACACUACAGCACAGAAACAGGCCUUUCAGCCCAUCUAGUCUAUGCUGAACUAUUAUUCCGCGUAAUUCCAUCUACCUGCAGCUGGACCAUAGUCUCUAUGCACAGUACAUAAUCCAAAUUUCUCUUAAAUGUUGAAAUCAAACCCACUUCCAUCAUUUCCGCUGGCAGCUCAUUCUACACUCUCACCACCCUCUGACUAAAAAAGUUCCCCUUUAUGUUCUCUUUAAGCAUUUCAACUUUCACCCUUAACCCAUGACCUCCAGUUCUAGUCUUACCCAACCUCAGUAGAAAAAGAAAAGCCUGCUGCACUUACCCUGUCUAUGCCCCUCAUAAUUUUAUGUUCCUCUUUCAAUUUCCCUUCUUUCUACUAUGCACCAGGGAAUAAAGUCCUUUCCCUACAACCCAGGUUCUCAAGUCCUGACAAAGUCCUUGUAUAUUUUCUCUGCACUCUUUCCUGUAGGUAGGUGACCAGAACUGGAUACAAUACUUCAAACUAGGCCUCACCAACAUUUUAUGCAACUUCAACAUAGCAUCUCAAUUCCUGAACUCAGUACUUGGAGUUAUGAAGGCCAAUGUGCCAAAAGAUCUUGUUAACACCCUACCUACCUGCGACACCACUUUCAAGAAAUUAUGGAUCUGAAUCCCCAGAUCCCUCUGUUCCGCCCCACUCCUCAGUGCCCUACCACUCGCUCUGUAAGUCCUACUCUGGUUUAUCUUCCCAAAGUGCAACACUUCACACUUCUCUGCAGUAAACUCGAUCUGCCACUUUUUAGCCCAUUUUCCUAGCUGGUCUAUAUCCCGCUGCAAGCUUUGAUAACCUUCCUAGCUGUCUGCUACGCUCUCAAUCGUAGUAUCAUCCGCAAAUGUGCUGAUCCAGUUUACUACGUAUCAUCCAAAUCAUUGAUAUACUGUAGAUGACAAACAAUAACGGACCCAGCACUGAUCCCUGCGGCACAUCACCAGUCAAAGGCCUCCAGUCAGAGAGGCAAUCAUGUACUUUCACUCUCUGACUUCUCUCGUGAAGCCAGUGCCUGAUCCAAUCCUAUUUACUACCUUAGUGAUGGUGGUUGGCAUCCAUCUGUCUUGAAGGGCAAUGAGUGAUGAUGAUCAUCAUCACAAGCCUGGGCGGAAGGUUUGGAGAUCCUGAGAUGCCCAGUCAUCAAGAUCCCCCUCUCAGCCUUACCAGUGUAGUCCAAAGGAAAGCUUAUGAAGCAAUAUGUUUGGCACCAGUUUGGCUGCAAGAGCUGCCGGAAGAACGUUCAAUGACGUUCAGCCACCUUAGGACUACCUCAGUAGCACUUCAUAAUUAUGUUCAAAUAAUCAACUACCAGGAAACUGGAAAAAGCAUAGCAUUUUAUAUAUAUUUCAAAAAUGGCUGCAUCUCUCAGCUAGUCCCUUUACCUUAACAUGGAGAUUUGAUUUAAUCCCACAUGUCCACCAGCAUUUCUCUUAAGUUCAAUGAUAAAUGGCUUACAAAAUUAGCCAGCUGUGCUCUCUCCUUUGUAGUUUUCUUUGCUACUUUCUUAUGAUGCACCAUUUAUCAUUACCUGCAUUGUGGUGUGGUGCUGCUGCCUUCCAGAUCCAGUGACACAAGUGCGAUCCUGACCUCCAGUGCUGUCCGUGUGGAGUCUGCAUGUUCUCCAGGAAACUACAUGGUUUUUUUCCCCCUGGAUGCUCUGGUUUCUUCCCACAUCCCAAAUACAUGCAACUUGCGAGAUUAAUUGGGCACCGUAAAUGUAGCUGAGUGCAUAUACCUUUCAAAAAUAGGAUAAAAAUUGUUGCUGGAUUACAGUAGACAAUUCCUUUUCCCAUCACUAUAACAAAACUAAAGUGACAGGAAACACUGAUCUGUUUGUGGGGAAACUUGAUGGGAGUCUGAAAAAAUAAAGUUACAUUCGUGUAAAUGAAGAAGGUUCUCAGCUCGAAAUGUCAACUGUUUAUUUACAUCCCUAGAUGCUGCCCGACCUGCUGAGUUCCUCCGGCAUUUUGUGUGUCCUGCAUUAAUGUAGAUGGCUAUAUGCUGGUCAUAGCAAACUCAAUGGGUUGAAGGGUGUAUUUCUAUGCUGUAUAACUCCAUGAGAAACAGAGUUAUGUUAAUUUUGUUUCUCCAUCCACAAAUGUCGCUUAACCUGCUGAAUAUUUCCGCCUUUUACUAAUUUUAUGUCAGGUUUCCAGCAUCUGCAGUAUUUUGACUUUGAUUCCUGCACCUUUUAGUAAAUUAUACUAAAGAAUGCUUUCAACUAAGCUCUUACACAGAACACAGAACAGUAUAGCAUAAUCCAGGCCCUUUGGCCCAUGAUGACUAAUUAAAUCAAUACCUCCUUAUCAAUCAAUCCCUCUUUCUCACUCAUUGACCAUAUUCUUCCCUUUUCUGCAUUCUUAUUUGCCUAUCUAAGAGUCUCUCAAAUGUUGGUGUGCAAUCUGCCUUUGCCACCACACCUGGCACUGCUUUACACCACCCAUCAUUCACUGUUUAAAAAACUUGCCUUGCACAUAGGGCAGCCUGGUAACAUAGUGCUUUACAGCACAGGCGACUUGGGUUCACUUCCUGCUGCCACCUGUAAGGGAUUUGUACGUUCUCCCUGUGAGCAUGUGGGUUUUCUCCCACAGUCCGAAGAUUUAUCAGUUUGUAGGUUAAUUAGUCAUUGUAAAUGGUCCUGUGAUUAAUCUAGGAUUAAAUCAAAGGAUUGCUGGGUGCCGUGGCUCAAAGGGCCAGAAGGGUCUAUUCUGUGCUGUGUCUUGAUAAAUUAAAAAAUAUAGCUCUACUUCUCUACCCCCUUUCACCAUCAUACCCUCUGGUAUGAUACAUUUUAAUUCCGGGAAAAAGAUACUGGCUGUCUACAUUUUGUAUAAUUUUAUAAAAUUCUAUCAAAUCUCCCCUCGCCCUCUGCCACUCUAGAGAAAACAGCUUGUCCAACCUCUCCUCAUAGCACAGAAUCCAGGAACAAUACUUGUAAACUUCCUUUGCACCCUCUCCAAAGCCUGCACAUCCUUCCUAUAAUGGGCGACCACAACUCAUGACAAUACUCUAGAUGUGGCCUAACCAGAGCUUUAUGAAGCUGUAACUUGGUGGCUCUUGAAUUCAGAGCACCAAUCAGUGAAGGCAAGCAUGCUGUAUGCCUUCUCUAUCAUCCUAUGUACCUGUGCAGCCAUUUUUAGGGAUCCAUGAAGAUCCCUCUGUUCAUCAAUACUGUUAAACUCUUUUUGACUGAAGGUAGCUGAUUGUUACGGAAAAACCGAUUAAGAGCCAAACCUCAGGAGAAACGUUUGAUAUAGGUUGAAAGAAAAGGCGUUAGUUUUAACCAAUCCUUCUUCAUUAGGAAGCCCUUUGCUAAUUAUUGCACAGAAUGGCCAACAUUUUGAGUCUCUUACAACCCAAUUACCUUUGUUGAAGUGCCUCAGAUUGGUUGCUGGUAUUCAUACAACAUUCAACUAAGAGGAGAAAAAAUGCAUCUUUUAAUUAUUUAUGUUACAUUUAUAUGCCUCCUUUUGGGAAAGUUGCAAGUGUAGGUCACCUGAUUAGCUUCUAUUAACUAGAAUAGAUUUUAAUUCCCAGAGAUGAACACAACAUGCAUUAGAAUUGAAUUGACUUUAUUACUUACAUCCUUAAAAUACAUGAGGAGUAAACAUCUUUACAUUACAUCUCUGUCUUAAUGUACAUUGGGCAAUUUAUAGUAAUUUAUAAUAAAUAGCAUGUACAACAGGACAGUCAAUAUAACAUAGAAAUACAAUUGUAUCAGUCUGAUGGGCUGGUGGAAGAAGCUGUCCUGGAGCCUGUUGGUCCUGGCUUUUAUGCUGCAGUACCACUUCCAAGAUGGUAGCAACUGGAACAGUUUGUGGUUGGGGUGACUUGGGUCCCCAAUGAUCCUUCGAGCCCUUUUUACACACGUCGUUGUAAAUGUCCUGAAUAAUGGGAAGUUCACAUCUACAGAUGCGCUGGCUGUCCGCACCACUCUCUGCAGAGUCCUGCGAUUGAGGGAGGUACAGUUCCCGUACCAGGCAGUGAUGCAGCCAGUCAGGAUGCUCUCAAUUAUGCCCCUGUAGAAAGUUCUUAGGUUUUAGGGGCCCGUACCAAACUUCUUCAACUGUCUGAGGUGAAAAACAGCUGUUGUGCUCUUUUCACCACACAGCCAAUAUGGACAGAUCCCAUGAGAUCCUCAGUUAUGUGUAUGCCGAAGAAGUUAAAGCUGUUCACCCUCUCAACUCAUACUUGUAUUUAAACCUAGUAAACAAUGAUAAAUUUUUCUCCUGCUAAUGUCACUUGCAUCGCUCAACUGACUCCUGUUCUCUGUGUCCAAACAGUUUACAGGAGAAUUAUAUCCCCAGCAUUUCCUUCACCCUUGCCCUUGCUCAUGUUUCAAUUUAAACAAAGAAAUAUUCCUGAGGAAAAAUAUCAUCAGUAAAGCACCUGAUUUCUCUUUCUGCAGAAGGCGCCUGACUUGCAAACUAUUUAAAGUUAAUUUUUUCAACCACAAUCCUGAACUCAAAUUUCAAGUCCCAACGAUAUAGAUAAUUUUAUUAUAUAAUUUGUAAUAUUACCAAUGACCCAUUGAUGGCGCUCUCGCCUCUGAGGCAGCAGAUCCGAGCAGUGAGUCCCACACAAGAUGCAUGGUAGGUCAAUCAGUCCAUUGUGCCUCUUGCACAGGAACCUAUUUGGUUCCAUUACCUCCACUCUCACCUGUUUAGCCUUAAGAUUAUUUUCCUCAAGGGCCUAUCCAGCUACCUUUUGGAGAUCCAUUUUGAUUUCUGUACCACUACCUGCACAGGCAGUGAGUUCAUCGUCCCACUCUCUUUGCUUAAACAUGUUCUGUUGUCCUAGAACAGUAUCAAGGGAUCGCUUAAAAUGUCUUUAAGUUGAAACAUUAAACUAAGUUCCUGUCUGGGUGUAAGAUAUCCCAUAGCAUUGUUAGGAGUAGCAGAAAAGGAAAGUUCUCUCCUGGCUCAAUCAAGUUAAUAUAAUAAGAAGUUUUCAAGCUAUUUUUAUCUCUGAGGUUGUGGGAGUUAUAGAGGCAUAGAGUAUUGAAUUGAGUUUAUUUCUUACAUCUUUCAUAUACAUGAGUAAAAAUCUUUGUUACAUCUCCGUCUAAAUGUGCAAUUUGCAAUUUAUAGUAAUUUGUAAUAAAUAGUAUGUACAACAGGACAGUCAAUACAGCCUAGAAAUACAAUUUCAGUUUGAUGAAUUAAUCAGUUUGACGGCCUGGUGGAAAAAGCUGUUCUGGAACUUGCUGGUCCUGGCUUUUAUGCUGCGGUACCGUUUCCCAAAUGGUAGCAGCUGGAACAAUUUGUGGUUGGGGUGACUCAGGUCCCCAAUGAUCCUUCAGGCCCUUUCUUCGCACCUCUCUCUGUAAAUGUCCUGAAAAGUGGGAAGUUCACAUCUACAGAUCACUGGGCUGUCCACACCACUCUCUGCAGAGUCCUGCAAUUUUUGCAGGGAAGUACAGUUCCCAGACCAGGCAGUGAUGCAGCCAGUCAGGAUGCUCUCAAUUGUGCCCCUGUAGGAAGUCAUUAGGGUUUGGGGACUCAUUCCAACCUUCUUUAACCAUCUGAGGUGAAAGAGGUGCUGUUGUGCUUUUUUUUUACUACCUAGCUGCUGUGUACAGACCACAUGAGAUCCUUGGUGAUGUGUAUGCCGAGUCUGUUCACCUUCUCAACCCCAGAUCCAUUGACGUCAAUAGGGCCAGCUCCUUUGUUUUUGGGACGUUGAGGGAGAGGUUGCUUUCUUGACACUAUUGUGUCAGGGUGGUGACUUCUUUUGAAUAGGCUGCCUUAUUAUUAUUUGGUAUUAGGCCAAUCAAUGUAGUAUCAGCAAAUUUAAUUAGCGGAUUGGACCUGUGGGUGGCGACACAGUCAUGGGAUAUAGAGAGUAAAGGAGGGGGCUGAGGACACAGCCCUGAGGGGCUCCUGUGUUGAGGGUCAGAAGGGAGAGGGAGCUGACCAAACCAAAACAGGCCGUUUGGCCCAUCUGGUCCAUGUCAAACUAUAACUGUGCCGAGUUGUAAUUUGAAAAUUUGCCUGUUUCCUGCAAUAUAAUAGUUACUGCAUUUCAAAAACGUACUUAUUUUGAAAUAUUCUGAAGUCACAAAAGGGAAUGCAGAGAUUUCUUGUUUAUAGUCAGAGCUGAGUGAAAGAUAACAAAUACACGCUGCUAUUACUCUCUGGAAUAUAACACUGGAGUUUAAAUAACUGGCAAUCCUUGAGCCCUGUGGAGAAAUUAUUCAGAGUCUGUAGAAAAGCACACUGAAUCACAAAUUUUUGUUAAGAGAUACAGCAUACUUACAGGCUUUUCUACCAAAUGACACACAUGUAACCUAUUAACCUACUAACCCAUAUAUCUUUGAAAUGUGGGAGAAAAUCCAUGUGGUGACCGGGGGAAUGUACAAAGUCCUUGCAGACAGCAGUGGAAUUGAACCUGGGUUCCUGCACUGUAAUGGUGUUACGCUAACCACGAUGCUAAAAGAACAAGAUAAGGGGCAAGCAAAGGCAUCGAACACACACCUCGGGUAAUAAACUAUUAAACAUGCAUAUCUUGAGUAUUCACAUACACACACAUAAGUGCCUUCACCUCAUAAUAUUAAAGAUACAAUCAUAUACUUCCCUGCACAUGACUUGCAUAUUCUGAUGUUUCUGUGCUCAGACUAUCUAUGCAUCCGAUCCUGGACUCAGGGAAAACUACCUAUCAUUAUAAUGAUAAACUCAGUCAGUCAGGGUUCACAGUCAACUUUUAUUCUAAUUGAACAUAUAAAUACAAUAGUAUUGACACAAACUACUGUAUCUUCAAUUGGAAACAACUUCCAUCAAAGCAGGUGUGAUCUAUGCGGACUGGAUUAUUUUUUAAGGGAAUUGGAAAUUAUUGGGCAUGUACUGUGAAUAGCACAUUCUUAGAAAAGGCAAUGUUUGUAAAGAUUAUCAAUACUGACAUUUGUGUAAUGGAUCCAUGUGUAUUUUUUGCUUAAAAUGUUUGUUAUUGUAUUAGCAUAAAGGCAUUUGAAUAAAAAAAAAUGAA